GCUGCCGCUGUACUCCGCGGCUGCCGGCCAGGGGUGCCAGCGGGAGGCUGCGCGGGCCGCGGGGGCGCUGAGCGAGCGGAGCCGGCCGGCUGCAGGCUUCCUCCUCCUCCUCCCCCCGCGGGCUCUGCCGCCGCUCCGGCCCCGCGCCCGGCUCGCCUCCCCCGCCGGCCCGCUCCCGGAGAGGCGCCGAUCGCAGCGCCCCGGCGCCGGGGAGGAAGCGGCAGGUCCCCCGCUCUGCGCGGCUCCGCGUCCCCGGAGGAGCCGGGCGAGGUGGGGCGGCCCCGGGGGGACUCCUCGCCGGGAGCAGGCGCCCGGCCGCGGGAAGUUGCCGGGAGUGGCUCGGAGCUGGUGGCUUCCCCAGCACUGGCAGCACAGUGGGUCUGUCUCCCUUAAGUCACUCUGAUUCCUUAAAGUUGUUCUGGCUGAAACUUUGACAGUACGGAUAAGUCAACUCAAAGGGCACUCCCAAGACCUGAUGGAUUUCUGAUAGUGUGCUCCUGAAGAGCUGGGAAGAGCAUGGUUAAACACCAACCACUCCAGUACUACGAGCCGCAGUUAUGUUUGUCAUGCCUGACCGGGAUCUAUGGCUGCCGUUGGAAACGGUACCAGCGGUCACAUGAUGACACCACAAAGUGGGAGCGACUCUGGUUCUUAAUCCUCACCUUCACUUUCUUCCUGACGCUGGUCUGGUUUUAUUUCUGGUGGGAAGUUCACAAUGACUACAAUGAAAUCAACUGGUAUUUAUAUAACCGAAUGGGAUAUUGGAGUGACUGGUCCAUUCCAAUACUUGUAACAGCUGCUGCUGGCUUUCUGUAUAUCACAGCGUUAUUGAUUUUAGCACUAUGUCACAUAGCUGUGGGACAGCAAAUGAACCUACACUGGCUCCACAAGAUCGGCCUGAUGGCGACCUUGGUAGUUACCGUAGUAACCAUGUCUUCUAUAGCACAACUUUGGGAUGAUGAAUGGGAGAUGGUAGUUAUUUCAAUGCAAGCCACAGCUCCCUUUCUGCACAUAGGAGCCCUGGCUGCAGUCACGGCCCUGUCUUGGUUGAUAGCUGGGCAGUUUGCAAGAAUGGAAAAAGCCACUUCACAGAUGUUGAUAUUCACUGCAUACUUUGCCAUCGUAGUUGCACUUUACCUCGUUCCCCUCACUGUCUCUUCCCCUUGUAUAAUGGAGAAGAAGGACCUGGGACCAAAACCUGCCAUCAUUGGCCAUCGUGGUGCACCAAUGCUGGCACCAGAAAACACUCUGAUGUCCUUCCAAAAAGCAGUGGAGCAGAAAAUACAUGGAGUGCAAGCUGAUGUAGCGAUAAGCUAUGAUGGGGUGCCAUUCCUUAUGCACGACAAGACACUCAGGAGGACAACUAAUGUGGAGGAAGUGUUUCCAGAACUGGCCUACGAGCAUUCUUACAUGUUCAACUGGACUGACCUGGAGAGGCUUAAUGCUGGAAAAUGGUUCCUAAGGAGUGACCCCUUCUGGACUGCUGGCUCCCUCUCGGGUUCAGAUUACCUGGAAGCUGCAAACCAAUCGGUCUGUAAGCUGGCUGAUAUGUUGCAGAUCGCCAAGGACAACAUGUCAGUGAUCUUGAACUUUCAGGACCUGCCACGAGAUCAUCCAUACUACAGCACUUACAUCAACAUUACUCUGCAAACCAUACUGGACUCCGGGAUCCAGCAGCAGGCUGUGAUGUGGCUGCCCAACACGGAGCGGCAGCUGGUGAGGCAAAUUGCGCCAGGUUUCCAGCAGACUUCUGACAUCAAAGCAGACGCGGAGCGCUUGAGAGACAAAGGCAUCAAACAGCUGAACCUGCGGUACACUAAGGUCACCAGUGAGGACAUCAGGGAAUACGCCGCCGCGAACCUGAGCGUUAAUCUCUACAUUGUGAAUGAACCAUGGCUGUACUCUAUCCUGUGGUGUGCUGGUGUUCAGUCUGUCACGUCUGAUAGCUCACAAAUCCUUAGCAAGGUGCCUUUUCCCGUUUGGCUAAUGCCUCCACACGAGUACAAUCUAAUCUGGAUAACAGCUGAUCUCAUUUCAUUUACCAUAAUUGUAGGAGUUUUUAUAUUCCAGAACUAUCACAUGAUCAGAUGGCGUCUGGGAAGCAUAAGGACCUACAACCCGGAGCAAAUCAUGCUCAGUGCUGCUGUCCGCAGGUCCAGCAGGGACGUCAAAAUCAUGAAGGAGAAAUUGAUCUUUUCAGAAAUAAACAACGGCAUGGAGAAUGCAGAUGAGCUGUCGCUGUGUUCUGAAAACGGUUACUCCAACGAGGGUAUCGCCUCCUUGGAUCGUCGGGACAUGAAGCUACGCAUGGACUGAGGAAUUAAAGGCCCAUGGCACGACACCCUCCCCCCCGCAGUACUCCGGUCUGCGAUGGGUGGUAUUCACGCUGUCUGGGAUGGGGGGACACUCUGUGGAACUACCGGACAUGCAGAGACCCCGUCUAUUGCUCUUGUUGCUGGCUCCUGACAUACUCUGGACUGUGAGGCUGGGGCAGCUUUUUGUAAAUAUGUAGAAAGUCCCUUUUUUGUCUCUUUUGUGUAUUUUGGGGGGUUGUAUGUAUUUCUUCCAGGGCACGAGUGGGAAUAACUUGUGCAUUGAAACAGGAACAUUUUGGCUGAAUCUGAUGAAAUAUUGAGGUGGCAUCUUGGACACUGGGGGAGACAGGUGGGGCAUGGACCUGAUCCUCCCCCUCCACUCCACUCUUCCCCUUGGUGCAGCGAUUGUUAGCUGAACUUGUUUAAAAACUAUGUUGUGACGUUCUUGUGACGUAUCAUUUCUUUUUCUGGCUAAUGAAGUUUUAACUAAUCAGAUAGAAGGCUGUUCAGAGCUUCCUAGCAGGAGGGAAGGUGCUGCUCCCAGAGCAGUGUUCGGAACGAGCGGAAGGAAUCAGGUUGGCUGACUCACUUUCACGCCUUCCCCCAGAAUAGCAGGACCGAAGCAUGCAGGGAUCAUAUGAAAUAUAUGAUAGAAAG